CACAUCGCAACUUCAAAAAUCAAAGAUUCCUUCAACGAUCUGAGACCCUUCUCUGUGGCAGCACCAAAUCAGAAAGAAAGUCACAAAAUCUAGACAGAGAUAUACAUAGAGAGAAUCAAAAGAAAUGGGGUUGGGUUUGUUAGCUUCCAAGGCCAUGAGACCCACCUCAAGGCUCCUCACUUCCCCAAACCCUAACAACUUCCUCCUCCGUGUCCGAACCAUCGUUUCCAAACCUCAGCUUCGAAAUCCAGAAGCUUCCACCGCUCAGGCCGAGCAGCCUCCGCCGGCCGAUCUCCCGCCCCGUACUCCACUCGCCGGCGCACGUGUUCACUUCACGAACCCGGACGAUGCCAUCGAGGUGUUCGUGGACGGUUAUCCCGUGAAAAUUCCCAAGGGAAUGACCGUUCUUCAGGCCUGUGAGGUCGCUGGCGUCGACAUCCCUCGCUUCUGCUACCACAGCAGGCUCUCCAUCGCCGGCAACUGCCGUAUGUGCCUCGUCGAGGUUGAGAAAUCCCCUAAACCUGUUGCUUCUUGCGCUAUGCCUGCUCUUCCUGGGAUGAAAAUUAAGACUGACACACCUGUGGCAAAGAAGGCUCGAGAAGGGGUGAUGGAAUUUUUAUUGAUGAAUCAUCCAUUAGAUUGCCCAAUUUGUGAUCAGGGUGGGGAAUGUGAUCUUCAGGAUCAGUCAAUGGCAUUUGGCUCUGAUCGUGGUCGGUUCACUGAAAUGAAGAGAUCCGUGGUGGAUAAAAACCUUGGACCUUUGGUGAAGACUGUGAUGACUCGGUGCAUUCAAUGUACAAGGUGUGUUAGAUUUGCAACAGAGGUUGCUGGGGUUCAGGAUCUUGGCAUGUUAGGCCGUGGCAGUGGAGAGGAGAUUGGAACAUAUGUUGAAAAACUUAUGACAAGUGAGCUUUCUGGAAAUGUCAUAGAUAUCUGUCCUGUGGGAGCUCUCACCUCAAAACCUUUUGCAUUUAAAGCCCGAAAUUGGGAGUUGAAGGGAACCGAGAGCAUUGAUGUUACUGAUGCAGUUGGAUCCAAUAUUCGAAUUGAUAGCAGAGGACCGGAAGUCAUGCGCAUUGUUCCUCGUCUAAAUGAGGACAUAAAUGAAGAAUGGAUUUCAGACAAGACCCGCUUUUGCUAUGAUGGUUUGAAAAGGCAGAGGUUAAAUGACCCUAUGAUUCGUGGUCCUGAUGGACGCUUUAAGGCUGUGAGCUGGCGUGAUGCCCUUGCUGUGGUUGCCGAAAUUGGCCACCAAGUUAAACCAGAGAAGAUUGUUGGACUGGCUGGCAAACUUUCUGAUGCUGAGUCCAUGAUUGCACUAAAAGAUUUCGUAAAUAAGAUGGGUUCAAAUAAUGUGUGGUGUGAAGGCAUUGGCGUAAAUACUAAUGCUGAUUUCAGAUCAGGAUAUAUAAUGAAUACUAGCAUUGCUGGCCUUGAGCAAGCAGAUGCAUUCCUGUUGGUUGGUACCCAGCCCCGGGUGGAAGCUGCAAUGGUUAAUGCUAGAAUACACAAGACUGUCAGAUCAAACCAAGCCAAGGUUGGGUAUGUUGGGCCUGCUACUGAUCUCAACUAUGAUCACAAACAUCUUGGUACUGGCCCUCAAACACUUCUUGAAAUUGCUGAUGGUCGCCACCCAUUUUUCAAGACACUCUCAAAUGCUAAAAACCCUGUUAUCAUUGUUGGUGCUGGGAUUUUUGAGAGGAAGGACCAGGAUACUAUUUUUGCAGCUGUUGAAACCAUUGCAAAAAAAGCUAAUGUUGUCAGACCCGACUGGAAUGGCCUUAAUGUAUUGCUUCUCCAUGCUGCCCAGGCUGCUGCACUGGACCUUGGACUUGUUCCCCAAUCUGAGAAAAGCCUUGAGUCUGCAAAGUUUGUAUAUUUGAUGGGUGCCGAUGAUAUAGACUUGGAAAAGAUCCCGGGUGAUGCUUUUGUUGUUUAUCAAGGUCACCAUGGUGACAAAAGUGUUUAUCGUGCAAAUGUCAUUUUGCCAGCGGCAGCAUUCAGUGAGAAGGAAGGAACCUACGAAAAUACUGAAGGAUGCACGCAACAAACAUUGCCUGCAGUUCCAACAGUUGGUGACUCCAGAGAUGAUUGGAAGAUAAUUCGAGCUCUGUCUGAGGUGGCAGAAGUGCGUUUGCCCUACGAUACAGUUGGGGCUGUUCGAUCCCGAAUCAGGACUGUAGCCCCAAACCUUGUGCAGAUGGAUGAGAGAGAGCCAGCCACAUUGCCAUCUUCACUGAGACCAACAUUCACUGAGAAGGUAGACACAACUCCAUUCGGGACUGCAGUUGAGAAUUUCUAUAUGACUGACUCAAUUACCAGGGCAUCAAAGAUAAUGGCACAAUGCAGUGCCAUGCUGUUGAAGAAGUGAAGCGUGGAUUUUUUUUAUUUUUUGGUUUAAAUAAAAAUGCAGAUUCACGAUUUUCUUUUCUUGGCAUGCAAGACAUUGCUCGCCGAGAGCUUCUCGGAUGUUGGAAGUACCCAAUAAUUUGAAAUUAGGCCUUUUCUGUUCCAUUUGUAAUAUGCGGUGUAAAAGAACCACUAUUUAGAACUGUUGCCAUGUACAAUUUGGGUUAUCCGACUGAUUGUGAAAAUUUACUUAUUGCUCGUCAAUUUUCCAAAGCGAGAAAACUGCAGUCUCUAAAUCUUACUUCUAACUUGUGGCUUUUACUGCUAAAUAUGGGUUAAGUCCAAGAUUGCAUUUGAAAUUUUGGGAAUUUAGAUUGGAGUAUUCAUAGAGUUCAAACAACUCCAAAGUUAAAAAGGCUGCAACAAUAUUGUGGGGAGAGAAUUCUGAUAAAAACGAUGUCAUUUAUGCUUGAUUUAUGGUUUCUUCUUUUAUUUCUGUGGGGUAAAACCCGUUUAGUUCAUGCGCUCUUGUUCUGGAUUGCAAUAUUUUAUUCGAAGAAGUUCUCUGUUUGUUUUGUUCCUAAUUGGCUUGUUUUCAUUUGGAAAGCCCAAAAGAUGAUUUAGCAAAACUAGCGGUCAUCACUCAUCAAAUAUCAACCUGAGAAGCUUCUCUCUCUUACUUUACAUUUAUUGGAGACAACACCUUCGACUUACAAGUACAAACCUUAGAACUGGAAGCAUAAACAUUCUAAAACACCAAACAAACCGACACUUUAUCAGUGAGCACUGGUCUUAUUGCGUCAGAUUUAAGAUCUUUUUAGAAAGUACAUACAGCAACAACAUAGAUGUGUUGAGGGAAU